AUGUUUGGAAGAGUAACUCUUACAAGCGUUCUGCUUGUCGGUGCCCUGGCGGCGACCGUCAAUGCACAGUUUGGAAAUAUGUUUGAGCAGUUUAUGGGUGGUCAACAGCAACGACAGCAUCAUCAAGCUCCACAGAAUGUUCCUAGCGACUCAGCUUGGUAUCAACAAACAUACAGCAAUGCCCAUUGCAGCAAUUACCUCUGUCCAGGGACACUUUCAUGUGUGUCCGUUCCCCACCACUGCCCAUGUCAAUUCCCGGCUGUAGAGGAUAAAUUUGAGUUGGGCGAUGGAUCAGCAAUUUGCGUGUCGAAGGGCGGCUUCAAGGCGAAUGAGGCUGCGCGGAAAGUCGAGUUGGCAAGGAAAGGACUGUUAUAA